AUGACCCAGGAGGGUGACUGACACAUGGAAAGAUGCAGAAGCUGAGACAAGCUCAGUAACUUGGGAAUUCCACUCUGUAAUAGGACAGGGUUAACUGCUGUAUACUUAAUACCAUCUGCAGAAAAACACAAUGGAACUAUAUUAAAAGGGCAAUUUAACCAUCAGAUUUAUUUUUCUCACCUGAGAUUUUUGAGUUUGAUUUUUUUUUUGUAUGCGUAUUCAUUAAACUGUGUUCGAAAUCUCAUGCUGUGGUAGCUUUUUACAGUUUUUUUUCUCCCCCACCAACCCCAACCUUUUGCAAUUCCCAAACUUCAUUUGGUAAAACUGAAAGAUUAGAGAAUGCAAGCUGACGAGGCUGGUCCGGAGGCAGGGUUAGAGAGAGGGGAGAGCUGAGCGCCGGCAGAGGGAAACUGGAAUUGGGAACUGAACCGAGCUGUCAUGCAGACUGGAGCUGUUAGUCUGUUCCUGCUCCUGGGAUGUGUCGCCUGCAGCUCAGGAGGAGCAGACAGGCAGAAGUCACAAGCAUCGCGAUGUAUUGGACAGCCCUGCAACCCUUCAGUCGGGAACCUGGCAGUAGGGAGGUCAGUGCAGACCCUAACCACCUGCGGAGAACAUGCCACAGAGUUAUACUGCUCCUUCCUCAACAGUGAGGGUCCCAGGGAUCUCGGCUCCAGCUGCAGACACACAGCCUGCUCCAAGUGCAAUUCCAAGCAGCCGGGAUAUUCCCACCAGGCCUCAGACAUGACUGGCAACUCCUUUCGUCAACGGGAUAGCUGGUGGCAGUCUGCCCAAGGUGUGCCCAGGGAAGAGAUCCGACUGGAUCUGGAAACCGAAUUCUACCUGACGCAUGUCAUCCUGGUUUUCAAGUCACCCAGACCAGCAGCCAUGAUACUGGAACACUCCCAGGACUUCGGGCACAGCUGGAGGCCCUACAAGUAUUUUGCCAGGAAUUGUACAGAGACGUUUGGGAUGGUGGAUGACUCUGAGCUGCAAAGCUCACUCUGCACCUCCCGAUACUCUGACCCACUGCCCUGCUCCAAUGGCGAGGUCAUAUUCCGUGCAUUAUCACCCGCCAACAGGAUAGAAAAUCCUUACAGUCCAGAAGCUCAGGACCUCCUGAAACUCACCAAUCUCCGUCUGCACUUGCUGAAACAGCAGGAGUGCCCUUGUCAGCCUGGGACACUAAUCGAGAAGUCCCAGAGAUUUGCCCAUUACGCAGUCUAUGACUUGAUAGUCCAGGGAAGCUGUUUUUGUAAUGGGCACGCUGAGGAGUGUCGGCCAUCAGAUGAAACCAAGCAAAGAGGCAGGAACACAGAUAUCGUGGUGCAUGGCAAGUGUGUCUGCAGGCAUAACACAGCUGGGGACCACUGUGAAAGGUGCGCUCCCCUCUACAAUGACCAGCCGUGGCAGCCGGGGGAUGGAAAAACUGGAGCACCAAAUCAAUGUGCAAAAUGCCAAUGCCACGGACAUGCGAGGAGCUGCCGGUUCAACCAGAGAGUCUGGUUGGCAUCGAGCAAACAGAGUGGAGGCAUCUGUCUCUCCUGUCAGCACCACACAGAGGGUCGGCACUGCCAACGCUGCAUGCCUGGUUAUUACCGAGACCGCGAGAAACCACUCUCAGCACCAGAUGCCUGCAAACCCUGCUCCUGUCACCCAGUGGGAUCGACCAACUCAUCGUUUCAUAGAAGCUGGAAAUGUGAUGCAAAGAGUGGAUACUGUUACUGCCGGCCUGGAGUUGGGGGGCCACAGUGUACCCACUGCCUGGUGGGCUACUGGGGUUUUGGAGAGUCAGGAUGCAAACCUUGUGAGUGUGCAAGAGCGUGUGACCCCCAAACUGGCCAGUGCCUGGACAGCUUUGAAAAUGAACAGAUUCACAAUAUCCCCAUCGGUGGUCGAAUUCCGGACCUGAUUGACUUCCUGUCCAGUGAGAGCACAGGGGACCAGAGCUGGGAAGAUGAGCAGGGAUUCUCAGCUCUUCGACAUUCUGAGAAGUGUAUAUGCAAGGAGGUGUUACUGAGGGAUGCUGCGUAUUUUUGUCGGAUGAACUACACCUACGUCAUCAAGGCGAGAGUUCUUUCUGCUCAUGACAAAGGAACUCAUGCUGAGGUCAACGUCAAGGUAAAGAAGGUGAUGAAAACUGGGAAGGUGAAAAUCACCCGCGGCAACUGGAGCAUUUAUCCAGAGUCCUGGACGAAGCGAGGAUGCACAUGCCCCUUACUGAAUCCUGAUUAUUAUCGGUGAUCUUUCUGGGGUGUUUGGUCUGUUGCUGACUCUGAAGAUUCUCUAGAAGACAGGGUAAGGAUAGACCUGAUGGAGAUCUCUACCUCACGAUAUCAAUGCGAAGAUGUCUCAAUUUGUAUCAGCAGACCAAAACUAGGGCAGCUAUAAUUAAAACAAAUAAGGAAUCACUACACUCGGUUCGUGACAAAUGACUGCACCUCCUGGUCGUGAACCACUUCAACUCCCCUCCCAUUCCUUGGAUGACAUGUCCAUCAUGGGCCUCCUGCAGUGCCACAACGAUGCCACCUGAAGGCUACAGGAACAGCAACUCAUAUUCCGCUUGGGAACCCUGCAGCCCAAUGGUCACAAUGUGGACUUCACAAGCUUCUAAUUUCUUCACCCCCUACCGCAUCCCAAGACCAGCCCAGCUCGUCUCCACCUCCUCGACCUGUACGUCUUUUUUCCUCACCUAUCCACUCCUCCCACCUCACUGACCAACACCCAUUCCCACUUCCUACCUACUAGCCUCAUCCCAGCCUCCUUGACCCGUCCGUCUUCCUUCCCACCUACCCACCCCUCCCUCCCAAGUGACCAACCCCCAUCCCAACUCCCCACGUACAUUCACCUUUACCGGCUCCCUCCCCACCUCCCUGACCUGUCUGUCUUCUCUCCACCUAUCUGCUUCUUUAUCCACCUUCCCAUCGUCGCUUCCCCUCUCUCUCUAUUUAUUUGAGUCCCCUUCUCCACCCCACUUUCUGAAGAAGGGUCCAGACCCAAAAAUGUCAGCUUUCCUGCUCCUCUGAUGCUGCUUGCCCUGCUGUGUUCAUCCAGCUGUAUACCUUGUAAUCUUAGACUCCAGCAUCUGCAGUUCCUACUAUCGCUAAGGCAUCAAGCAAAACUGUUUUAUCCAUGUGAAUGUGAAACUUGCUAUGUACAGUAGAUGCAUUAGAUUGAAUGUACAGCACAUUAACAGACCUUUCGGCCCAUCAGUCCCACGCUGGUGUUUCUGCUGCAUGACUCUCUUUCUGCUCUAAUUCAUCUCAUUCUAUCAGCAGAUGCUUCUACAUCUUCCAGCCUAAAAUUCCAUCCCCUAUUCCCAAUUCCUUCUCCUCCGCCGCAUCUGCUCCCAGGAUGAGGCAUUCCACUCCCGCACAUCCCAGAUGUCCGCCUUCUUCAAGGACUGCAACUUCUCCCCCCACAGUGGUCGAGAACACCCUCAACCGCGUCUCCCGCAACACAUCCCUCAUACCCCGCCCCCACAAUAACUGCCCAAAGAGGAUCCCCCUCGUUCUCACACACCACCCCACCAACCUCCAGAUACAACGCAUCAUCCACCGGCACUUCCGCCAUCUACAAUCUGAUCCCACCGCCAAAGACAAUUUUCCAUCCCCACCCUUGACUGCCUUCUUGAGAGACUACUCUCUCUGGGACUCCCCUGUCCGCUCCACACUCCCCUCCAACCCCACCACACGCGGCACCUUCCCCUGCAACCGCAGGAAGUGCUAAACGUGCCCCCACACCUCCUCCCUCACCUCCAUCCCAGGCCCCAAGAUGACUUUCCACAUCAAGCAGAUGUUCACCUGCCCAUCUGCCAAUGUGGUAUACUGCAUCCACUAUACCCGUUGUGGCUUCCUCUACAUUGGGGAAAUCAAGCGGAGGUUUGGGGACCGCUUUGCAGAACACCUCCGCUUGGUUCGCAAUAAACACCUGCACCUCCCAGUCACAAACCAUUUUAACUCUCCCUCCCAUCCCUUAGACGACAUGUCCAUCCUGGGCCUCCUGCAGUGCCAUAAUGAUGCCACGACGAAGGUUGCAGGAACAGCAACUCAUAUUCCGCUUGGGAACUCUGCAGCCCAAUGGUAUCAAUAUGGACUUCACCAGCUUCAAAAUCUCUCCUUCCCCCACUGCAUCC